AUGGUUUGGACGUCUUCUGAUUUGGAUCGGCCGAUUCCAACUGAGCCACUCUACCGUAAAAUCGUCAAGGCUCUGGAGGCUCGUGUUGCCGCUGACAAUGAAGCCAUUGUCCUGGUAAGCCCAGAAAGGUUUUCGGUCGAACUGCGAGUAUGAUCCAGAUCCGAGCCGAAAAUGACAGCACGAUGACCUGCGCGGAGCUUCUUCUGAUGACUCGAAAAUUUGUUCGAUUUUUCGAGGAACGUGGAAUCGGCCAAGGCGACGUCAUCCAAGGUUGCACUCCGAACUCUCCCGAAUACCUUGCCUACAUGAUUGCCGCGAACGCCGUCGGAGCCAUCCAUCUUCCAUUCGACCCUCACAGCACCGAAAGUAUAGUUUAACCAGAGGAAGGCAAAAUUAAUUGAAAAGUCUUCCAGCUGAGGCCCGCGAUACUAUGAAAAAGUAUGAGGUGAAAGCCAUCCUUUCUGAAGAAAGACACCUCGAUUCGCUUUUACGUGCUUCCCUUGGUACUGGAUUGAAGGUCAGGAAACAAUGAAAUCCGCCCUAUGAAAACUUUUAGACAAUCAUCGGAGUACGGGAAACUGAAUACAAAGAGUUUCCACCUGAAGUCGUGGAUUUUGACGACAUUUUGAAGCUCGAACCAGCCAAUCUUGGUGUCGAUCGGUAUACUUUUGAGUAAGAAUUAUUUUUUCAAAGAAAUGUUCUAUGGAAAUAUAUAGCCCAGAGGAAAUUGCUUUCAUGCCUUCCUCUUCGGGAACGACAGGAAGGCCGAAAUGCGUUAUGCUCUCGCAAAAAGCGCUCAUUCAUAGCGUUGAAACCGUUGUCGAGUUGGUUUUCUCUCAACCAGCUUGAUUCAAUGUAUUGAUUAUCCAGAAACUCGGAAAUUUGGGACAAGCAGGUUGGCCGCAGCAACAACUACACUAUUGUUCAGCAGCAAAUGUACCAUAGUUUCGGAAUGCUGAUCACUUUCAGAGUAGGAUUUGACCCGAAUUUUUUCGCUCAAGAAGUAUUUUUUUUUUCAGUGCCUCAUCAGAGCUGAAAUUCCAGUCUUUUUGCGCGAAAUCAAUCCAGUUUUGUUCUUCAAAUGUAUUCAAAAAUAUCAGGUGAGUGAUUGAAAAUUUCCUUCGGAGGUGAAAAGUCAAAUUCCAGCCGCGAAUGCUACUACUGACGCCAUUCCUCGUGAUGGCCCUAACCAAGCAUCCCGAAGCCGAAAACUAUGAUUUGAGUUCGGUUAGAGCCUUGAUGUCUACAGCCUCGUUUCUCGGCAGGGAACUCACCGAAGAGUACAAGAAAAAGUAUCCAAACGUCCAAGUUUGUCAAGGUGAGACUAACUUUGCUUCAGAACCAAUUUUCUAGACAGUAUAUCAAUCAUUUUUUCUGGAACUUACCGGUCACAGGUUACGGAGCGACAGAAGUCGGUUUCAUCACUACGCCGCGAUUUGAAGAGGGAGAAGAUUACACAACGUCUAGUUCACUCGUCGCAGGAGCUUCGCUGAAAGUAAAAAAAAACAUUCUUAUCUUUAGGGAUUUUUCAAAAAAACUUGUUUCUAGGGAAAUUUAUGAACUGGAAAUUACCCUCAAAAAAAUAACCCUAUCUCAAUCAUUUCGACCUUUUUUGAUUGCUUGAUUCUUUUCUUGAGGUCUUGGAUUCUCAGAAAAGAAAUAUUUUGUUGAGAAUGAAUAGAAAGAUGAUGAAGUUCCUCAGAUUCUCGACGAAGACGGCAACGAACUGGGCUACAACGAGCCUGGCGAUAUUUAUGCUCGGACAGGAGCCUUAUUCACAGCCUAUUGGAAACAAGAAGAAGAAACAAAAGCCGCUUUCAGUGACGGUUUCUACAACACAGGUUUUAGGUUCAAUUUCAACUCAACAAACUUUUCAUCAAUUUUUCCCAGGAGACAUUGGAAAAAUGCUACCGAAUGGAAAACUGGUGUUUAUUGAUCGUAAAAAAGAGCUCAUGAAAGUCAAUUCAAUCGCGGUACUUUUUUUCUUUCUGAAAAGUUAGAUGGAUGAAUUUUCAGGUAGCGGCAGCUGAAAUCGAAGACUUCCUUCUCAAGCUAGGAAAUGUCACAGAAGCCGCUGUGGUCAAGAUCGAUCAUCCAGAAACUAUCGAAGCUCCCUACGCUUUUCUCGUUCGCAACUCUAUGAGCCUCAGCGAAGAAAAUGUCUGGGCCCAUAUCAACGGUAGAAAAUAUAAGUGAAGUUGAAGAAAAAAAACGAAAAUUCUCAGAGCACCUUGGCCCAUGGAAGCGUCCAGUGGGCUUUGAGUUUGUGGACAAACUUCCACGAAAUCGGAUGGGAAAAGUAAUCAAGGCCGAGCUACUACAGACUUUGGAAGAGAGGAAGACGCCCAAGGAACGUUGA